AUGGAAGAGCAAACCCAAACUGUUAUCGAACAAAAUGUUAAUGUUGUUGAUACCUCACCGACUGCUACUUCCACACAAACUGCUGCUCUAACAGUAGCCUCAACACAUAUUCAAGCACAGCAGAUACAACAGCAGCAACAAAAUCAGCAUUUUAUGGAAAAAUUUUGGACUAAACAACUUUCUAUUGCAGAAGAGUUUGAAAGUGAUUUCAAAAAUCACCCAUUGCCUUUAGCUAGAAUCAAAAAAGUAAUGAAAAGUGAUCAAGAAGUCAAGGCGCCAAUCAUAUUUUCCAAAGCAUGUGAAAUUUUUAUAUCAGAAAUUACCAUGAGAGCUUGGAUUCAUGCAGAAGAAAAUAAACGUCGUACACUGCAGCGAAGUGAUGUUGCAUCAGCCCUUAGUAGAUCUGACCAAUUUGAUUUUUUGAUAGAUAUAGUUCCGAGAGAAGAAGUACCAAAAACUGUAAAUAGAAGACCUAAGGAAGAAACCGUAGGCGUUAAUUAA